UGUCUGCUUGAUCGACAUAAACUGCAACAACGACUCUACGAGUAGAUCUUCUCCUGUUGCAGGUGGCUGUGAGUGUCAGAAAGAAAGUUUGUGUUCUUCCACUUCGUUUCUAUUUACCUCGGACAUCAUGGGUGUCGAUAUCGAAGUAGUGAAACCCGGCGAUGGCAAGACGUAUCCCAAGCCACACCAGACAGUUGUUGUCCACUACACAGGUACAUUGACCAACGGCAAAAAGUUUGAUUCCUCUCGCGAAAGGAAGCCACACGGUUUUUCGUUCACCAUUGGCGUCGGCCAGGUGAUCCGAGGAUGGGAUGAAGGAGUUAUGAAGAUGAGCGUUGGAGAGAGGUCCAAUCUGACAUGCUCUCCCGACUUCGCUUACGGUGAGCGAGGAGCUGGUGGCGUCAUCCCACCCAAUGCCACCCUCAUCUUCGAUGUCGAGCUCAUCCGAAUUGAGUAGGCCGAUCCAUACGCCACGGGCAUAUGACCGAUCAGCGCCGGCUCCAUGUUUUCUAGAUUUUCCCAUGCCUAUUCUUUUUGGUGUCAAAUUUCUGCAGUGUUAUUCAAGGUGCAUUCUGUUACUGGCAAUACACUCUGGAGUUAGAUUUCUUCAAAUUGAGGAAACCUUUUCUUUCUUGACUCUGCCUUUAGUUAUAGGUUCGUGUGUUUUUUUUGUUUUCCUCUUAUAUUGACCUUGAUUAUUUUAGACAUUAGGUUUUUCAGCCAUUGCAUUUCCCUAAUUUAUGACGGUGUGUAUGUGCGAGCAUUGGCACAGAUGUGCACACUAUAAUUGCGGACGACCUGUUUUGGUGCGAUGA